UACUUUUGUUCUCUCUUCUAUAUACUCGUGCAUUGUCUAUUGGUGGCAGCAGCUCCAAGUCAGUGCACUCUUCGUUCAUAGAACGAUUUGUAUGUAGAUAUUUGCGUAUGUAUAGUAAGUCGUUAAUACGACAACCAAUUAUACGAUCAAAAAUGUCAUUUCCUUGAUUAGGUGACAGUGCUCUUUUAUCAACUGUAUCUUUGUUCUGUUCGAAGAUUUUCUGCAGUAUCUGACAGCGAGACAUUUUACUGAAAAUAAUGCUAGGGUGAGCCGUAAAUCUGUUUACGUAGAUGCGUACCACUUCUGUCAUUUGAAAUUGAUAACCGGGCCCUUUGAAUGAUAAGGUCUAUGCAAGCAAUACACUUCCCCCAGAUUUAUCAAAACACGUGUUGCGAUUACAAUCAAAGUAAACGAAAGGUGUCUGAUGUUCAUCUUUUAAUUCACCUGUUACAACUUUCAACAUUUCAUUUAUAAUAUGUCACACUACAGUAGAAAUACAAAUACUCAGAAAUCAACGGUGAUCGAUUAUGAGCGUCAGUUCCAAGAGGAUUUAGAGCGUGCUCAAGCAUUGAGUUUAGAAAGUCUAGCUUUAGAAAAAUUUAAAUUACAGAAACAGCGUUCAGAAUUCAAUAAUGUUCAACAAUCUUGUGUUCCACAAGGUGAAGUACACACAUCAAAUAACAUUGUACAUAGCAAUUCAUCAGAAAGAGAUAAUACACCGCAAACUGAAAAAUUUCAGUGUAGAAGUAGACCUAGGCCUGGUUCCUUUAACACAAAUCAAUCUAAAAAUACAGUGAUAUUAGCACCACCACCAGUUCCAUCUAGAAGAAAUUCUACAACAGCUACGACAAGCCAAGAUCAGUCUGUUGACUUAAUUAAUUUUACAAGUCCAGUGAAGCAAGAUGAUUUAACAGAUUAUUGUUCACCUCCACCUCCACCACCGAAACCAUUAUUGGAACCAAAAUGGGAAACGCAUCCUUCAUUAUUAAAAAGGCAAGGAAGAGUAUCACGUAGCAGUAGUGUUGCAGGUUAUCAUUCUCGAGACUUCAGAUAUCAAUCACUUUCUCCUGGUCCUAGAUCUUCCACUGCACCAUGCACACCAGGAACUCCAAAAAUUAGUCCUGUUAUGUCGAGAUCCAGUAGUAUUAAUAGUACUGUACCUGAUGCAACACCACAAAUACCUCCAUUACCUACAAAUUACAGACCAAGUAUUACUCCUUCUGUAUGUGGUGUACAAAAACCUAUGUUCUCUAUGAACGAUGAGCAGCUAAGUGUAUUGAAAGUGAUAGAAAAGAAGCCAAAUAAUAAUCUUAUAGACCUGAGUUCUUUCGAUCAAGUAGAAGAUAAAACAAAUGUUCGAGUUAGCGUAUUAGAAGCGUUUGAUCCAUUACUUGUUAAGACUGAAGAUCUUAACGAGAGUGCACAGGGAAAUAAAGAUGAGAUACAAGUCAGUGGAUCAGUGUAUGACCCGUUUGAUCCAUUCGACUACAUGUAUAGCACAAAUGAAAGUGUUAAUUCGGAUCCGGUGUAUGUUGCUGUGGAAAAGUCUGCUAAAUCUCCUGCUGUAUCUCCAGCUGCACCGCCACCACUACCUCCUAGAAACUCAUCUGCUUGGAAUACUAUUGAAAGAAGAAGAACCUCUUUAGAUAGGAGACAGAAACGACAAACACGCUUAUUCGAAAACAUAACAGUUAGAAAAACUAGACCAUCGCUUCUUGAUUGUGAUUUGAAAGCUUUCCAUGAACUGAUGAAAUCUGUGCGAAGUGAAUUUCCAUUUAAUGAUCCUAGUACAAAUAUUGGGCACAUAAUCAGCCCAAUGAUGGAAAGCUUGUAUCCUGAAGGCACAAGUAUAAAAUUAGUUGUACAUCCACAGCUAACGGAUUCUAAUGAAAAUACUCCGUCCAUAUCAUUUACUUGCGAUGUAAAUUGUAGCGUUGAACAUGUUAUCCUUAACGUCGCUUGUUCCUUAGAAGAUGAAGACACUGUAAACGUGGAGAAAUAUUGUUUGAGAGUAUGGGGAUUAGCGGAAUAUUUCGCACCGAAUACAACUUUAGCUCAAUACGAAUACAUACAUCAAUGUAUCAAAUUAGAAAAAGACAUUGAAUUAGCUAUUCUAACUAAAGCACAAAUAAAACGAUCGAUAGCGCGAACACUGCAAGACGAUAAUCGCGACCAAUGUCUCAAAUUAGAAGACAUCCUUCCAAAUGAACCAGUACAACCUAUUUCGUACGAUACACUUCUCAUUUUGCUAGAAACUGUAGAGAAAGAAAUGGAACGCGUAGAAACCGCUGCUAUACAAUUGGCAACUAGCAAUCAUGGUUCUAGUCUUUUACCUCAACUGCAACCACGGGGUGUUGUUCAAGCGGUAAAAGCUGUCUGUGCACUAAUGGGAAACAUAGAAACAUUUGAAAUUACGGAAGCUGUCGACAAUUUCGUGAACGCGUGUUGUCAAUUUUUGCCCCAAGUUCACACGACAAAUAUAGAAUGCAAAAAGCCUGAAAUCUUGCACGAAGAUGGCGACUAUUCUGUAGUGACCUUGCGGACGAAGUUUCCGGAUGUAAUUGCAUCUCAUUGUCACAAAAUCCGUGGGGCAAUUCAAGAUCUUGUGGAAACUUAUUGUCAUGCUUUUAGAGUUGACUUUGAGUUAAAUAGUAAACCAGAUUUUCCAACAGUCACGUUAGUGUCAUCUGAAGUGUUAGACACUAUAUUAGUUCGCGUUGGAGCAGUGCAUAGAUUACCAGGAUCAUGGAAACACGAUGAUUACAUAAUCGCAGCACAGAUAUUCCACGGUACAAGACCCGUUGGGAUCCCAGUUUUAUCCGAACCUAUGGCAGUCAGUUCCAAUUUUUAUCCAAGAAUUUUGUUUAAUGCUUGGCUGGAGUUUCGUGGCAUAAGUGUAUGCCAAGUCCCAAGAGAAGCGAGGCUAGUGUUAGUUCUAUACGGUCGCACUGUACAACCUACUGAACAUGAAUCAAAUUCGUCGACAGAAAAUACUAUGCAAAAAGAAGAAUUAGGUUGGGGAGCUAUACAGUUCUUCGAUUUUGAAGGGGUGAUGAGUCAAGGAAGUUUCUUCUUAUCUCUUUGGCCAGCGGUUGCUGAUAAAAGGUUAGGGCCUGCUCCUGCAUCUGGAAUUCAUCCCCACGGUGAUACACAUCCCACAAUUGGGAUAGAAUUACCUGAUUAUGGAGGGAAAGUAUUGUUCCCUUCAGAAUUACGAGAUUAUGAUGUGGAAUCGUUGGACUUCAGUUCACUAGAUCAGAAUACGCAAGAAAUAUUAAUAGACAUUACACAACAAACUACUUUCACAAGACCACUUAUUGAAGAGAGGGAAAUUUUAUGGGAAAAGCGUCAUUACUUACAUGAUAAACCUGAAGCUCUGCCCAAGGUACUUCUGGCUGCACACAGUUGGGACUGGGCUUGUUUACCCGAUCUUCAUGCAUCUCUCAGGGUUUGGAGUCCUUUAUUACCUGUUCAAGCUUUACAAUUAUUAUUACCUUGUUUUCCAGAUAUGAAAGUUAGAGAAAUAGCGGUGGGGUGGAUUCGAGAAUUAAGUAAUGACGAACUGGUGGAUUAUUUACCACAGUUAUUGCAAGCGUUAAAGCACGAGACAUAUGAAACUUCUCCUCUAGCAAGAUUCUUAUUAGAACGAGCGUUACUUUCUCCGCGAGUAGCUCAUCAUAUUUAUUGGCUACUGACGCAAGCAUUACCGGGACAAAGUCCUCAGAACUCUGCUGAAGUUGGGCCAGAGGAUGAUAGAAAUAUUAGCUCUACGCGUUAUCACAGAAGAUUACAGUUGAUGUUACGGGCAUUACUAGCUGUUAUUGGCGAUGCACUAAGAAAUAGUUUUCUUACUCAGCAAUUACUUGUUAAGAAUUUACACGAGGUCGCAGAAAAUAUCAAACAAAUGAAAGAUUCAUUGAGAAUGGAUGCACUAAAAAUUAGUUUACAAAAUAUACACUGUCAGCUAAUGGAAGAUGAUGGUACAUGCUUACCGCUGUCACCCAGUAAACAAGUAUUCGGUAUAAAUGUUCAAGGUUGUUCGUAUUUCCCAUCGUUUACUCUUCCGCUAAAAAUCAAUUUUAUCAGUUGCGAUGAUGUGAUUUGUCCUGCAAUCUUUAAAGUUGGUGAUGAUUUACAACAAGAUAUGUUAACGCUUCAAAUAGUUCGCAUCAUGGAUAAGCUCUGGCUAAAAGAGGGUCUCGAUCUUAAAAUGGUGACGUUCGCUUGUGUACCUACUGGUUACAAACGUGGAAUGAUAGAAAUGGUUACGGAUGCUGAGACCUUGAGAAAAAUACAGGUUGAGUUUGGUCUGACCGGUUCGUUUAAAGAUCGACCGAUUGCCGAGUGGUUAGCAAAGCACAAUCCCUCAGAAUUAGAAUACGAAAGGGCAGUAGAAAACUUUACCGCCUCUUGCGCCGGUUAUAGCGUCGCUACCUAUAUCCUAGGGAUUUGUGACAGACACAAUGACAAUAUUAUGUUAAAAACAUCCGGUCAUCUAUUCCACAUCGACUUCGGUAAAUUCUUAGGUGAUGCACAAAUGUUUGGAAAUUUCAAAAGAGAUAGAACGCCGUUCGUAUUAACUUCUGAUAUGGCGUAUGUUAUAAACGGUGGAGAUAAACCGUCGGCCAAAUUCCAUCAUUUCGUAGAUUUAUGUUGUCAAGCAUUUAACGUGGUACGAAAACAUGGAAACCUUAUUCUUCAUCUUUUCGGAUUGAUGACUUCGUCUGGUAUUCCUGGUGUAACGGUGGACGCUGUUAGUUAUGUACAGAAAGCUCUUCUUCCUGAGCAAACGAAUCCCGAAGCAGCCGCGACGUUUGCUCGCAUGAUAGAAAGUUCGCUCAAAAGUUGGUUCACACAGUUCAACUUUUUCUUACACAAUCUAGCACAGCUUAGAUUUUCGGGUGAUCACAGUGACGGAACAUUGUUAUCGUUUAUUCCACGAACGUACACAAUGCAGCAAGAGGGUCAAUUAACGAGCGUGCAAGUACACGGUUAUCAGAAACGAUACGACCCUGAAAAAUAUUACAUGUAUAUUUUGCGUAUACAGCGAAAGGGUCAUGCAGAUCCCACUUAUUUAUUUCGAUCGUAUAAGGAGUUUUGCGAAUUUUAUCAGAAACUGUGCAUUCACUUCCCUCUUGCUAAACUUGCCAGUUUACCGAGCGGUAUAAGCGUGGGAAGGUCCAAUAUAAAACAAGUUGCUGAUAAACGUCGUGCAGAUAUCGAAAAAUUUCUUGUAAGCUUAUUCAAAAUGGCACCAGAAAUUUCUCAGAGUGACUUAGUAUACACAUUCUUUCAUCCACUACUGAGAGAUCAGCAAAAUGCUGAUAUUCAUUUACGCAAAGUCAAAGUUGGUAAUUGGUGGGCAGAGAAAAGGGUCAGGGAGAAUGUGCAAAAUGGACAAAUUAAAAUGUCCCUUCACUACACUCGAGGAGCUUUUUAUGUGAUGAUCUAUCAUGCAAGAGGUUUACCAAAGGUGGCUAACAGUCAAGAACCGAAUACUUAUGUAAAAGUCUAUCUCAAACCAGAUCCCACAAAGAAAACGAAGAGGAAAACGAAAGUUGUGAAGAAAAAUUGUCAUCCAUCGUUUAUGGAAAUGCUGGAAUAUAGAAUGUCUUUGGAGGUAAUUAAAGAAAGAACUUUGGAAGCAACGAUAUGGAAUCAUGAUACACUGCAAGAAAAUGAGUUUCUUGGAGGGUUAUGUUUGCCCCUUGAACGUUUCGACUUGACAACCGAGACAAUUGAAUGGUUCUCGUUAGGUAGUCUUCGAUGAAACAGUAUAUGUAAUUUUAUAAAAAAUUUAUUAAUACUCAUGUCUAUUCUGAAAGGAAUUGAAAACAUUCAAUGUUAUCGCACAAUACUAAUGAUAGUAUUUUUAAUGUUAUGCACGUAAGUGCAACGAGGAUAUCUGCGUAUCGCUGUAGAGACAUAAACAUGCUUAUACGUUUAAUGAAAACGCUUCUGAAAUUAAGGUAAUCAGUGACGUAAAGUUUAUGAAAUGUUAAUCAAGUAACAGACAAAGAGGCAUAUUUCAUAAAAUUAUUCUACCUUUGUAGCGAUUAAAAUGUUAAAAAUCAAGUUCUACUUAAUUUUUAGAUGGUAAAAUUGACUACAGAUUUUAUUUAAGUUGUAUUUUAUAAAUAUUUACUGCCAGCUACAGAUUUUGAGUUCACGGCGAUGCUGUUAGUCAAAUUUUAUAAAAAUAUUUAUUCUACUUUUACCGAAUCAUAAUCUUUAUUAACUGUAAAUAAAAUUAAUCUUACUGCGCUACAUAAUUGUAGCCAAUUGAGUUUGACAAUAUGUACACUUUUCUACUUAUACAUAGCUCGGGUACAAGUUACUUGCCUACAAUAAGAAAUAUGUUAAGUGAACAUUUUUUACUUUCAUAUGAAUUUACAGGAUGACAUAAAAAUGCCUUGUAUAUUAAAAUAACCGAACUGUCUUUCUAUACAAAACAGUAAGAUUUAUAUAAAAAAGAAUUCUGUGAAUUACUGUAUAUUAAUGAUUUUUUUAAUUUCUAGAUGAAAAAGGAAGAAUGAAAUUAUGUAAAUAUGCUUUGAAUUUACAAAUUAUUUUCGUAAUCGUAUUGUGAAUAUUUUAGCAUAAUUUUCCUUAGCAAAUAUACUAUAACGAAAAUAAAGGUUCAUGUUAAUACAUUAUCGACGGGUGAUUCAUAGAUCUUAAUUUGAUUUUAGCGUCGAUUUUUACCAUUUUUUACCGUACGCAGUUUUCUACUUACUCAUAUAGAAUAAUAUUAAUCUAGUCCCCUGUUGCUAGUGUAUUUUAAUCUUGAUUUUUGUUAUAGUUAUCAAGACUAAUUUACCAGUGUACGUUGCACUUUGCAAUCAUGUAGAAACGGAUCUAAUUAGAAUAUUUUAUAAUUAUACCUUGCUUUUGCAUGCGCUUUCUCUUGUGAGACAAAAUCGUAAUUUAUUUAUACAAGUGCUUUCUUUAAUCCGAUCAAGUAUCACACAAAUUGUAUCAUUGCAUUUUAUGUUCUGUGUUACUAUUGUACAAAAAAUCUUUGCGAAUACGUUAUUUAUUUUAUAACUUUUAGCCCGAUUAUUAAGGACACGUUGUAACAGUGAAACAAUAAAAUUAUCAAUACAAUUGAUUAA